GAGUGAGGUCACAAUGGAGAGACCCUGCAGCCUGAGAGUGGAUUUGGAAGGAACCACUGAUCAUCUCACUCACUACUCAGCUCCCCCCGCCCCUAUAUGAGCCGGCCCAGCCUGUUAUACUGAAAGGAAGAGCCGAGUGUAAAGUAUAAAGAGAGGAGCGAGCGGCCGAGGCAGGACACACACAGGACUCUCUAUGUAUAUAAAGAUGGCCACGUUAGCGAAUGGGCAGCCAGACAAUAGCAGCCUCACUGUCAGCAGCAGCAACGGCCACAUGAACGGAUUAAACCACCACAGUCCCGGGGGCGCCGCCAGCACCAUCCCCAUGAAGGACCACGAUGCCAUCAAGCUGUUCAUUGGGCAGAUCCCCCGCAAUCUGGACGAGAAGGACCUGAAACCUCUAUUCGAGGAGUUCGGAAAGAUCUACGAACUGACGGUGCUGAAGGACAGGUUCACCGGGAUGCACAAAGGCUGUGCCUUCCUUACAUAUUGUGAAAGAGAAUCUGCACUAAAGGCCCAGAGUGCUCUGCACGAGCAGAAGACACUGCCAGGGAUGAACAGACCAAUCCAGGUGAAGCCGGCGGACAGCGAGAGCCGAGGAGAAGACAGAAAACUCUUCGUGGGCAUGCUCAAUAAACAGCAGUCAGAGGACGACGUGCGGCGACUAUUCGAAGCUUUCGGGAACAUUGAAGAGUGCACCAUCCUGCGAGGGCCCGACGGGAACAGCAAAGGGUGUGCGUUUGUGAAAUAUUCAUCACACGCAGAAGCACAGGCAGCGAUUAACACUUUACAUGGGAGCCAGACGAUGCCGGGGGCCUCCUCGAGCCUGGUGGUGAAGUUUGCAGACACGGACAAGGAACGCACAAUGAGACGGAUGCAGCAAAUGGCCGGCCAGAUGGGCAUGUUCAAUCCCAUGGCUGUUCAGUUCGGAGCUUAUGGUGCCUACGCUCAAGCACUGAUGCAGCAGCAAGCCGCCAUCAUGGCAUCCGUAGCACAAGGAGGUUACUUGAAUCCCAUGGCGGCCUUCGCAGCGGCCCAGAUGCAGCAGAUGGCGGCCCUCAACAUGAACGGUCUCGCAGCGGCCCCCAUGACACCAACAUCAGGUGGAAGCACCCCCCCAGGUAUCACUGCACCAGCUGUGCCUAGCAUUCCAUCUCCAAUCGGGGUCAAUGGCUUUACUGGCAUCCCAACACAGGCCAAUGGUCAGCCUGCCGCCGAAGCUGUAUAUGCUAAUGGAAUCCACCCAUACCCAGCACAGAGUCCCACAGCGGACCCCUUGCAGCAAGCCUAUGCCGGAGUACAGCAAUAUGCAGGUCCUGCCUACCCUGCUGCCUAUGGUCAGAUCAGUCAAGCCUUUCCACAGCCGCCUCCCAUGAUUCCACAGCAACAGAGAGAAGGACCCGAGGGCUGCAACCUGUUUAUCUACCAUCUGCCCCAGGAAUUUGGGGAUGCUGAGCUGAUGCAGAUGUUCCUGCCUUUCGGUAAUGUCAUCUCCUCGAAAGUGUUUGUGGAUCGGGCGACAAACCAAAGUAAAUGCUUUGGUUUUGUGAGUUUUGACAAUCCUGCCAGUGCUCAAGCUGCCAUCCAGGCUAUGAACGGCUUCCAGAUUGGCAUGAAGAGGCUGAAGGUGCAACUGAAGAGACCGAAGGAUGCCAACCGCCCUUACUGAGACUUUGUGAGGGCCUCUGAAACAAGGACUAGCACAGGGCAGGAACUAAAUGGGCCGUAUUUUAACAAUACAACAUACAUAUAUAAAUAUAUAUGAUCGAAUUGCACCUGGAACACAACUUUGACAUAUCAGCAAAGUACCAAUUACGCUGAAGACUUUAGACUUUUCGCUCUUUGAUUGUUAAGACAUUUCUUCAAUGAGAAAGUAUCACGUCUACUUCCAUGGAAGGAAAUUCAAGUUGGAAACCACCAGACGGGAUCAAGAAUCGAUCAGAAAUUUCCGAACAGACAUUGAUAUAAAAACCGCACGAGAAAAAAAAAAAAGGCUUUUUCUUCAAACAGGAAAUCUGACAAGGAGUGCCUGGUUGCCGCCAUGAAUUCUGUUGCUAUGGUGCGACACCAUAGCGACUGCUACUACAAGCAUUGUAUCUGUCAUUCCUUAGCUAUUUAGGGACCAAAGGACCAAACUUUUUAAGCAGACUUGUAGCUGUAUGUAAAAUAUGGAAUAUACUUCCGACAUCUCUACUGUUCCUAAAACAGUCUGGGGGCAAUUCUAUGAAAUAUGUAAAAAAAAAUUAAAUGCUUAUAAAUGCUUUUAAAAAAAAAGGCAAGAUAAUAGUUAUUUGAUACUAUGGAAGGUUCUUUGGUUAUAUUAAUUGAAUUAUGAAAAUUUCUUAUGGUUUUCUGUAUAUUAUGUAAGGAAUAAGCGAUUAGGGGGGUUACCGAAAGGACACAUUAAAAAAAAUGCAAAAUAAAGGUGGAAAAGAAUGGGGAAAAAAGGAUGAAAAUACAUUGGAUGGUUGUAGAGAAAAGGUUUGUAAAUGCUCCUAACGAUCCCCAUUUAAAAAACAAAUCCUAAUAGUUGUACAGAAUUUAACAGAAUUAAAAUAAAAAAAGUUUAACCUAUAUAAUAGAGAAAAAAAAUUAGAGAGCAAAAAAAUGUUUAAAAAUGCAAAAAAAAAAUUAAAUAGACGUUAGCGUUAUUGCUAAGAGAAAGAUGUUGUAGAACUGUAAUUUUUUGUAGAGUUUAGACUUUAAGCAUAAAUUCCUACUCUUUGCCAAUUGCAUCGCGUAUUGAGGAGGAGAGGCCACGACGGCAGCUUUAAACUGCGAGCAUUCCACCCAAUCAUAAUGAAAAACCACACAAAAAAUAAAAAAGUUCUUCGAGCUCUUGAAGUAACACCGGCUAAUGUCUUUUUAUCAGUCACUUCUAAACCCGAAAAAAUGACCCGGCUACCGCUUCGUAUCUACCUGCUGUUUGCUAAACCCUCCCAUCAUCCUCUCUGCUUUGGUAGUCUCCAUCAUUGUUCUAGACCUUCAGGGCAAAAGUUAGCCUAGAACCUUAACACUGAGAAAAAAAAAUUGUAAAACAAAAAUAAAAACGAAAAAAAAAAAAAUAUAUAUAUAUAUACAAUCUUUGAAGAAUUUCUGAAACUGUUUACAAGGAAUUUUGAAAAACAGGGGAUAUGUUUAAAACAAAUAUGAUGCUGGCUCUGUUUUUCUGUAAAUAAAUUUGCAUAUUUUGUAGGACUUUUAAUUGUAAUGAUAGAGAAAAAAAAAACAAACAAGGAAAAUACUAUUUAAAUGAAAGCACGAUAUUUAUCUUUGGUAAUUGACUUUAGAGCAGUUUAAAAAAAAAAAAAAAGAAAAAAAAUUCUACUAAUGUUGCUUUAGGAAUAAAAAUUGAGAUU